AUGGAUAUCAACCCGUUGCAGAAUGUUGUAGAGAAGGAUGAGGACAUCUCUUUCGAGAAUUCUGAAGAUGUCACCAGAGGCGUGGCUCUGGAUCUUUCCGCUCUGGACAUGAGCUCAUUGCCGCGCCUCGGUGGCAAGUCCUCGCCUAAGAUUUGCCGUUGUGGGCGUUUCGAGGGAUUCCCUCCUAGGUGCCCUACGGAUUCCAUGUACAUUUUCCCUAUUACCAGUGUUGACGUUUCCACUCAAGACCAUCAGCUCACUGCUAAUUCGGCAGUUGAAUUCGUGGAGGAUGCUUUCGAGGACUGCGACAUCACCGUCAAGCAGGAUAAGUUCAAGCUCGCACUGAAUGUGUAUGAUACUUGGGGUCAGAAGGCUUCCGUCUGUGUGCGGAUGUUUUACCUUUCUGAUAGUCAGAUGAGGUUCUCAUUUCGCUGUGACAGUGGAAGUCGUGAUGUCUUCCUUGAUGUAUACGCAAGAUGCAGAGCACAUUUGAUGGGAGACGCGACUCCGUCUACUCAGGCAGAGUUAUUAGAUAAGAUUCCGUCACUCGACAUGACAGAUGUUCAUCUUCCACCCCCUACUGUGGAAGAACUGGGCUUCGAAGUCGACAUGGUUGAAGACUACAAUGAGUCGAUUAAAUGCGAGGCUCUGUCCGUCCUAUGUGGUUGCGGUGACGUUGGUCUCCAGGCUGUACUCAGAAGGACUGGUGUGAUGAGUCAGCUACUCCUCGAUGAAUCUACAUGUGUGGCUAUUGCGGCUUGUAGAUUGCUCAGUAACUGCGAGAAGCCUAACGAUGUUACCGUGGAGCUGAUGAUGACUGAGGAAGUCGUUGCUGCCCUUCUUGAAGGGUUGCUCGCGGCUGAGCCUAUGUCUGCUAAAGCCAAUAAGCUUGCUGCUACUUUGGUCAAGGUCCUCCGUAUGUCUAACGACCUAGUGUCUCAGUGUGACAUCCAUUCCCUUGCGGAUGCCGCUAACAUGUUCGUCGCUGAUGUUCGUGUUGCUCAGUCCCUCGAUCAGAGCUUAGCGAUGUGCACGUGA